AACUUGGAAUAAUGCAUUGGAAAUGUUUGUCGUCUCCCAUAAACAGGGAACGGAACGAUGAUUACCUUCCGAACAUCGACGGAGAAGGAUGUUACGUGAAGUCCCUGCCAGCGCCCCCUCCAACCCAUCCCAGCAUCCGCUGGUCCGAUGUGCUAUGUCCGAACGAACGAGUUUUCUAUCACCAAACGCUGAGUUCAGCUCGCAAGGCAGCCAAAUUCCUAGUUCAAGCCCCCAUCCCGCGAGACUCGCUAGACAUCCACCUGGCAGCGGAAUACGACCAAACGGAGCAACUUUUUAAGGGCCGCAAUCAGGUCGUACUGCAGAAGGAAACCUGCAAUGUACCAACGUUCCGAAGGUUGCGAAACACUCGAGAUCUUAGCCCGGAAAAAAUAAUCCCCUUAAAACACCCUCUUCAAAUUGGAGGCCUGGUGGAGAAAGCCUCGCCGAAUAGUGUGAAGCUGAUGAAUACCGGACCGCAUACUCCACUCACCAAUCCAGGUUAUUCGCGCCAAACCGGCGAUGGAAACUUCUUUAACUAUUAGGUGCGAUUAAUCGAUUGUUCGGAUGAAAUAAAAUUUAAACCUUGCAUACUCGCGUAGAGUGGAAAAGCUUUUCAGCCUAA